CCAUCCCGAGUGUAUAACAUUCAUUUCGAGAGUACGUCCACCAUGACCACAAAUCUAUACGCUAUAGCAGGCCCCUCAAAACCCACAACUCCGACAUCGACCCCUUCUCCACGCUCCGAGCCGCCUUCACCGCUCAAAUCACUCACAUCACUCCCGACAAACCCGCUCAACUCGCAUGGCACGUCUACCCCCAACACACUCACAAAUCAGCUGUCAAGCACAGGAAUAGGAAUAUCCAAACCGGGCCUAAGUGUGGAUGAGAAUGGAGAAGUCAUGAAGGUGCCCGCAUUCUUGAACAAGCUGUAUACGAUGGUCAGUGAUCCGGAGGUGGACGACUUGAUUUACUGGGGAGAGAGUGGGGAUUCAUUCUUUGUACCGAAUGCAGAGCUAUUCGGGAGAGAACUCUUACCGAGAUGGUUUAAACAUUCCAACUUCUCAAGUUUUGUCCGUCAACUCAACAUGUAUGGGUUUCACAAAGUCCCUCACCUUCAGUCUGGUGCCCUGAAGAAUGAAACGCCCAUCGAAUUAUGGGAGUUCGCAAACCCUUAUUUCAAACGCGGCCAACCCCAACUUCUCACCAAAGUAACUCGCAAAAACAACCGACCUUCAAACUCUGGUGUUGGACCUUCAUCUUCCGUUGGAGGUAGCGGAGCUGGUGGAGGAAUGAGCACCCGCUCUGCAUCUGCUGCUGCUGCCUCUGGCUCUGCUUCCGGACAAAUCCAGCAAGCCAUCAGUCAAGGCCAUGAAGCUGGUAACCAUUCCACUUCAGGAAAAUACCUUAUCACAGACGGUACCACCCCUGGCUCUGUCCCUCCUUCCCACACCUCCGCCGGUCCACUCAUCGCCCCUCAAACCCUCGAUCUUUCGGCAAUCAAUUCUGGUAUCGCCGCCAUACGCCAAACCCAAGCUUCCAUCGCUACCGAUCUCCGCAAACUUCAGGCAUCUAACGAAGCGCUUUGGAGGCAGGCGUAUGAAACGCAGGAAAAGCAGAGGAAACAUGAAGAGACGAUAGAUUUGAUUGUAAGCUUUUUGGAGAGGUUGUUUGGGACGGAAGGGGAGGGAUUGAAGGGAUUGAAGGAGGCGAUGAGAAGGGGGGUUGGAGUAAGAAGGGAUAGGGAUGGGAGAGAAGGUAGGGAUUCAAGAGAUUCGAGAUUUGCGGAGGACGACGAUGGGGGACAGAAGAAAAGAAGGAGGGUAGGAAUCGAUAGGAUGAUUGAGGGUGGCACCGGUGAUGGAACAGGCGAACAUGGUGAGAUUGAAAGCCCAACAUCAGACGAUCGCCUCGUCGAGAUCGGAUCCAACUCGGAAUAUUCCAUCCCAUCCGUCAAACGUACCUCCUCUUCCUCCCACCCAAUUUCCCUCGGUCAACUGGGUUCCUCCCGAUUUACUGCGCUGCCUUCCGAAGAUCCUUCUCCUUCAGCUUCUGGACCUGGAUCAACAUCUUACGAAGGUCUUCACACCACACAAACUAAUGCCCGUGGAGCUGGGGCUGACGUCAACGUGACCGACCCGACUUUAGGCAUGAACCACCUCUCGCCUCUAUCCGAUACCGAUCCCCUCCUCCCGUCAUCAUCCAACGCCCUCGCCCCAUACUCCUCUCACCUCCCCUUCCCUUCUUCCAACUCUAACCAAUCUAACUCAUUUAACCCAUCUAACCCAUCUUCCGCAUGGGCCUCCAACCCUUCCCAACCCUUACUCUCACCAACAUCCGCCGCAGCCGCCGCACACGCAUAUAACCUCGAUCCUUCUCUGCUCCAAACCACGAUCGGGAGUCUACUCCAAAGUCCUGCAGCGGCGCAAAUGUUUUUGAAUUCGUUAAGCGCCAGUGCACAAGGUCAGGCUUUGGCUUCGCACUCUCAUCCCCAUAAUCCAUCUCCGCUGAACCCGAACCCGAACGGCAAUGCCUCCACCUCGGCCUCUGCUUCUGCUCAUGGCAUGAAUACCGGAGGUAUGGGAACAGGAUCAGGAACCAAAGACGUCGACCCAACUCUCGCCCUUUUUUCCCCACUCCCCUCCCAUUCGUCGCUCACUUCCCAAUCCAACGACCUCUUGAAAUCCUACAGUGACGCCCUCACAGUCGGAGAAGGCGUGGACAAUUUACAAGAGAGUAUCGAUAGUCUGGUGAGGAGUAUGGGGUUGGAUUUGCCUAAUGGUGGAUCUUCUGUGGGUGUCGAUGUCGGUGACGGGGCUGGAGUUGGAACAGAGACAGGGGAAGGGGAUGGAGAGUUUAAUGUGGAUGAAUUCUUGCAGGGCUUGGCGAAGGAAGGGGAAGAAGAAGGAGAAAGGGAAGUAGAAGGGGAUGGGGGUGUGUCAAGCUCAGGCGCAGGCGCAGGCGCAGAAAAUGGAAGGAAGGAAGAUGUAAUUGCCCAAAGUGGCCUCAAGUCGGAAAGUUAAAAUGUAGACUUCUAACACAGUCUUGACAAUUUGAUAAAUUUGUUUUUCUCAAGUGUGUACAUAGCUCGAUUUACGGAAUAAAAGAGGUGAUUUUAGAGUCCUCUUGACGUAAUGUAAAUAUAAUGAUAAUCAAA